CUCCCCAAAUCCAAACCCAAACCGCAAAACAUCAAAAUGUUCGCCAAAGUGAUCAUCUUCGUAGCGAUUGCCGUUGCCUGCGCCGCCGGUAAGCCUCUGACGGCAGCUGUCGUGGCUGCACCGGCCGUCGUGACCGCCCAGAGCUCGCAGGUUAUUGCCAGAAACUACAACGGUGUGGCCGCUGCAUACACUGCACCGGCGGUUGUCUCGGCCGCUUACACUGCUCCAGUGGCCGCUGCCUACACUGCUCCGGUGGCUGCUGCCUAUACUGCUCCAGUUGCCUCUGCCUACACCGCCUACAGCUCGCCAGUUGCUGCCGCUUACACUACGGCUCCGGUGGCCGCUGCCUACAGUGCUCCGCUUGCCGCUGCCUACACCGCAUCCCCGUAUGCUUCCUACUACCCUUACGUGCUGUAAAGC